AUGGCGAACCCCACUUCCGGCGGAUACAAGGCGGAAUUCCUCGACAGCGUCCGUACAAGACUGGAAGAUCUCGGUUUCCGCACAGAAAUCAGACUCACCAGGCAUGCCGGUGAAAUCGGCGAAGUCUGUGCCAACCCAGGCCUGGGUGUUCGAACGCUUGUCGUUGCCGGGGGCGAUGGAUCGAUCAACGAGGCACUGACGGGCUUUCAGAACAAUCCCGACCCGCCGCAGCUUGCUGUCAUCCCCAUCGGGACGGCGAACGUCCUUGCUCUCGAACUCGGUCUGCCACGAAAGCCGCUUGCGAUCGCUGACAUGAUCUGGCGGCAGAAGACGAAAUCUCUGCGCUUCGGACUUGCCAACGGUCAUCCGUUUGUUCUCAUGGCGUCCAGCGGCUUCGAUGCGGAAAUCGUUCACGCCGUGCCGCUGGCUCUCAAGCGGAAGCUCGGCAAGCUUGCCUACGUGAUCACUGCUUUCAGGAUCGGUUUCAAACGCAAGGCGAGCCAUCUGGAAAUUUCACUGGACGGCGAAACGAUCAAUGGAAAAUUCGCGGUCGCCAGCAAUGCGCGCCACUAUGGUGGUCCCUUCGUCAUCUGCCCGCACGGGGCGACAGACCCGGGUCUGUACAUGCUGGUGCUGGACAAGGACGACCCCUGGUCUUCCCUGCGUUAUGGAUUGGCGCUGAUGUUCGGACGAAUACACAAGGCGCGUGGCGCAACCGUCCGGCCGUUUUCCGUGGCCACUAUCGCUUCAACCUCGCCCGUCGCUGCGCAAGUUGACGGCGAUCCAUUCGGCACUACGCCACUGGAAAUCCGCCAAACGGAGAAGACAGUGCCGGUACUGGUUCCCUGA